AUGUCGUCCGCCUGGCUCGCUCAUGCUCCUCCGCCUCCGCCCUCCACCGCGGUCCGGAAACCACGCAGGAGCUCAUCGUACGAACCCUUGUCCUUUCAGAAGGGCAGCACCGUGAACGACUCGCACACACGCGGCGGCUACCUUCCUCCGAGCUCACACUCUCCAGAGCCUCCAAGCUCGCGAAGAUCGUCUGUCAGCGACCUCAAGGAGGCAGCUGCUUCGUCCACCACGCCUGCGUCGCCCAUCAAACGAGCACGUUCCAAGGUCACCUCUAAUCCGGUUCCACCAGCGCCAAGCGCAUUCUACAAUUAUCAGCAUCAGCUGCAGCAGCAGCAGCACCAGCAGCUCUAUCAUCGCCAGCCGUCGCCGCAGCAACAGCAACAGCCACAGCAGUCCGCUCAUGUAGCACAGCACUUGCCCUAUGCUGCCGCCACAGACCCCGCGUAUGCGCAAGCACAACAACCCAUACCCACCUCAGUUGCCAUGGCACACAGCUACUCGGACCACAACUCGGGGUCUAGCUACGCCCCCUAUCCAAGGGAGCGUAGGGACAGUGCUCCCGUCAUCUCUUACUCUCAGACAGCACACGCAAGCAUCUAUGCGCCGCAACCGCCGCCCUCGAACGGUGUUUUACCCGUGCAUCCGGCCGCAUACGAUCCCACCGCCGCUCCAGCACCUGCCUCUGCGUACCCUUACUCUGCCGCUCAGCCACCUGCUAGCUAUGCCAUGGUGAACGGAGUGCCCGCAACGCAUCUUCAGCACGUACCGACGCACUCUGCAGCAAUCUCGCCGCAUUUGACCCAUUACGGCGUGACGCCUCGGCAACAGCAGCAGCCCUGGGUACCAGCGCCCCACGGCCAAGCACCGUACCAGCAGGCGGCAUCACCCGCUCAGUAUUCUCCCAUCACAUCGCCACCUCUGCAGCAGCCGUGGGAACAUCCUGGUGCAAUCGUGACGUCGCCUCAGCAAGCAGGCAUCGCCUUUCCUGUCUCGGCGGGUGCACCGAUGUCCCCUCUGCCACCGAACGUUCAUGUCCCUCCGCCGAUGCACGUCAGCUCUCCGCCCACGUCUGCAACAUCACCGCAACCACCGUACGUGAGCGAGCUGAGCAGACAAUCCACUGCUUCCUCCGUCGGCUCUGUUCGCAGACCACUGCCUCAGCCUACGCGCACCUCGUCCAACCCAUCGGCACCUGGCUCUCCCAUCACGGGCCCCAUCGGUCUCACCAAUCGCGCCAGUGUCCGGCGAGACCUUCCUAGACCACCUUCGUCGGGCUCACCCGCGACUGUGUCUGCAGGGUCCAGUUACGUUUCAUCCAACCUGGCCAGAGCAUCAGAUCCCAGCAGUCCAGGAUCGCCCGUCGCGGGGACCACGUCCCGUCUCCCCGCCUCGGCGCUGAAUCGGACCGAGAGUGUGCGUCUCGCAGCCGAAGCCCUGAUGGCCAGAGGCGUUCCGCAAAGACGUCCACUCCGCAGCGCUCUAGCCAGUACCACCUUCUCGCCUCCUCUGCCACCGACAAGGAUAGCGGCUAACCCUGAGCUUCCUGCCAGCCAGAGCGAACCCGUCGCACCUUCCAACGGCACUCCCACACGCACCGUGCCGCAGCAGUACACCGAUUCGCCCACAACAGCUGUGCAAGCAGCUCAUCGAGCCAGCCAAAGCGCCGGCUCUGCACUCAACCGAUCCAUCGACGCAAGUCCUGUGCGCGCCCGUGCCCUUCCGGAGCCUGUUUCAGCACAAACAGCCGAUCACACACCAGCAUCGGCUCCAGCGCGUUUCCAGGAUGCCCCUGCGCAGGGUCCUGUUCCGGACGUUGUAUAUGCACAAGCACCACAGUCGCAACCUGCACGUCGUCACGAGCCUGCACGCUAUCAAGAUACAGUGCAGCUGGUCGACUCGAUGGUCAACAUGUCGGUGAGCCAGCACGAUACCGCACCUGCAUCGGCUGCGCCUGGUGCAAGCACGACGGCUCCCAGCAUUCCCGUGUUCAGCUUUGAUGCUCCGGAAGAGGAGCCGGAGAAGCCCAGGCGUCGACGCGGCAGUAGCGUUUCGCGAGCUGGGCCACCUCCCGGUCAGAAAAUGAUUCAGCAGGCUCCCGCGUCGGCCGUUGCAAUGCCGACGAUCGUUUUGCCUGGAGACGACGACGAUGGGUCUGCAGUGGGACCCUCGAUUCAGAUCUCCGGAGCCGACGAAGACGAUGCGUCCCCGAACGCAGGGCCGAUGAUCUCUGUUACUGCGGAUGACGAUGACGCACGAUCGCAGACGAGCACCGGAUCAAAGGGCCCUUCGAUCUCGGUGUCGUUCUCCGCUGAGCCGUCUGCCAAAUCGCAGCGUGCAGGUACAAGUCACUCUGCCUCGACAAAUGCUUCUCCGCAUCAAGGUUCAGCGGGCAACGGUCGUGUCUCGGCGUCGUCCGUGGGCAGCGGAGCCGGGUGUCAAGGGUGUCGCAAGUGGAUCGCGGGGAAAGUGGUCCAUGCGCUCGGCACUACCUACCACCCAGGAUGUUUCGUUUGCGCUCACUGUUCCGAAGGACUCGAACACGUUGCCUUCUACGAGCACGAUGGUCUACCCUAUUGCCACUUCGACUACCACGAACUCUUCUCGAAACGGUGUUUCCACUGUCGUACGCCGAUCGUCGACGAACGGUACAUCACGGUGUCGGACGAAGAGCUGACUGGGUCGGAUGGGGAGACCCACGAACGGUGCUACCACGAGCUGCACUUCUUCUGCGCCAACUGUGGCGAUCCUUUCCUCGACCCCAAAGCCGCAGGUUCAGCAGCAGGCAGCGAUCCCGCUCUGAUGACCGCCGACGAGAACGGAAAAGUCAAACACGGUGGGAUGGAGUUCAUAGUGCACAAGGGGUAUCCGUAUUGCGAAAAGUGCCAUGUGAACCUGCACAAGCCGAGGUGUAAGGGUUGCAAGAAGCCGGUACUGGGGGAUCUGAUUAGUGCGUUGGGGGGUAAGUGGCAUCCGGAGUGUUUUACGUGUAGUAGGUGCGAGAGGGUUUUUGAGGAUACGGUGUUUUUCGUCAAGGAUGGAAGGCCGUAUGAUGAGGGGUGUUACAAGGUGUUGCUCAGGAACAUGGUGUGA